AUGUCCCUCGCCCCGCUCGUCCACGUCCUCUACUGCGGGUACUCGCGAUUCGCCACGGCGAUCGAGCGCGCGAUUCACUCGAGAUUUCCCUCGGCACGCGUCGAGUGCGAACCGACCACGCACGCCUCGGGCGCGCUCGAGAUCACCGUGCGCGGGGUCUUAGUGCACAGUAAACUGAACGGAGAUGGAUACGUCGACGGGCCGGAGAAGAUCGAGCGCGUGUGCUGGACGCGGUGGCGAACGCGAUGGCGAAUUGAGGGAUACGUUUGGUGUUUUUUAUGA